AUGGACACUUCCACAGAGGAUGAAGAUACAUCAUUGGGGGGUAGCAGCAGAGGAGAUAGCAGCAGAGGGAUAGCAGCAGAGGAGAUUGCAGCAGAGGAGAUAGCAGCAGAGGAGAUAGCAGAAAAGGAGACUGCAGCAGAGGAGACUGCAGCAGAGGAGACUACAGCAGAGGAGAUAGCAGCAGAGGAGAUAGCAGCAGAGGAGACAGCAGCAGAGGAGACAGCAGCAGAAGAGACAGCAGCAGAGGAGAUAGCAGCAGAGGAGACUACAGCAGAGGAGACUACAGCAGAGGAGAUAGCAGAAGAGGAGACUGCAGCAGAGGAGACAGCAGCAGAGGAGACAGCAGCAGAGAAGAUAGCAGCAGAGGAGACUGCAGCAGAGGAGACAGCAGCAGAGGAGACUACAGCAGAGGAGACUGCAGCAGAGGAGAUAGCAGCAGAGGAGACUGCAGCAGAGGAGACAGCAGCAGAGGAGACAGCAGCAGAGGAGACUGCAGCAGGGGAGACUGCAGCAGAGGAGACUGCAGCAGAGGAGACAGCAGCAGAGGAGACUGCAGCAGUGGAGAUAGCAGCAGUGGAGACUGCAGCAGAAGAGACAGCAGCAGAGGAGACUGCAGCAGAGGAGACAGCAGCAGAGGAGACUGCAGCAGAGGAGAUAGCAGCAGUGGAGACUGCAGCAGAAGAGACAGCAGCAGAGGAGACAGCAGCAGAGUAG